CUGUAUGGACAAAAUGCCAGAUGAAGUAUGUUCAGAAUGGAAACAGUGCGUGGCUUCAUGGUCUAUGAUGUCAUUGUGCUCGAUGCUGUUUGUGCUGCAGAGUAGAAGAGACAGACCAGUCCUACUUUGAAAAGUUUCCCACCAGCUGAGGUUGUGAGGAAGCAGCCACCUGCUUCAGUGCCCUCCCUCUACUGCUCCGACAUCUGGCAGACGAGGCAGAGAGGCGAAAGAGACACACACUACUCAUCAGCCUCGACAGAAGAUCAACAGACUGGCUGCACUGCUCUGACACCAGACAGACAUACAGCGCUGCAGGUGUGGCAACAAAUGGAGCCAAAUCUAACAGACAGUGUAGAGAGCAACUCUACCAUCUGUCAAUCCAUUGAUGACUUCCGUAAUCAGGUUUACUCCACAUCCUACUCCCUCAUCACUGUGUUGGGCCUGGUAGGGAACGGCUUUGCCCUGUUGGUGCUGAUCAGAACGCACCGCCAGAGCUCACCUUUUCAUGUCUACAUGCUGAACCUGGCUGUGUCUGACCUGCUGUGUGUCAUGACCCUGCCACUGAGAGUUUACUACUAUGUCAACAAGGGUGAAUGGAAGCUGGGGGAUUUCCUGUGUCGCAUCAGUUCCUACGCCCUCUAUGUAAACCUCUACUGCAGUAUCUACUUCAUGGCUGCCAUGUCCGUCACACGGUUCUUGGCCAUUGUGUUCCCUGUGCAGAACAUGCGGCUGAUGACAGAGAAUCGUGCCCGUCUGGUGUGUGUGGGUGUCUGGGUGUUAAUCUGUCUCUCAUCCUCACCCUUCCUGAUGGGUGGCCAGGAUUUUGAUGACAAAACAAAUAAAACCAAGUGCUUUGAGCCCCCAGACGAAAAAAAAGAUAUGCAGAAACUAGUUGUGCUGAACUAUUUGUCUCUAGUGAUGGGCUUUUCCCUGCCUUUCCUGGUUAUCCUGAUCUGCUACGCUGGCAUAGUCCGCGCCCUGCUGUCCCGCACCAAUGCUGCCCGACGCCAGCGGGACACAGGCACCAAAGCCAUCCGAAUGAUUGUCAUCGUCCUGCUGACCUUCCUAAUCAGCUUCAUGCCAUACCACGUGCAGCGAACCAUCCACCUGAACUUCCUGUCUCGGCAAGACACCACCUGCUCAGAGCGGAUUGCUAUGCAGAAGUCUGUUGUGGUAACACUGUGCCUGGCUGCUGCCAAUUCAUGCUUUGAUCCACUGCUUUAUUUUUUCUCUGGAGAGGGUUUCCGCAGUCGCUUGACCUCCUUGCGCCAGUCAGUGAGGGCCAGCACUGUGCACCAUGUAGCCAGGAUAAAGCCUGUUACAAACUCAGAGCCUGGGGAAAACCACCAGCUGAAGGCCAGUUAGUUCACGGCAGGCAGGAGGGUCAUCAAACAAGCAGCUUAGGAUAUCUUUAAAGAGCUCAGGAUGGCAUGUGCAGGGAAGGAGUUGAGAGAAAGAUUAGAGGAGGAUGAAAGGCAAAAAUAGAAUACAAUAUUCAUAAUUAUAUUUAAUUACCUGGAAUCAAAAAUCGUGUUUAUGUUAUCUUAGAACGAGCCAUUUACACCUGCAUAGGGGGCUCAAGAGAGCCUUUUGUGAUUUUACAUUGAAGUGGCAGCUCAAAGGCCACCGUAGGUUCUCCUACACACUUGGAAAGGGAGAGAUAAUCGAAGGUAUUCAGUUGGUUGCAAUCUGCAACCUCACCGCUAGAUGCCACUGACUCAUACACACUGGUCCUUUAAGUUACAAAUCUCAGGAGAAUGUUUUCCAUUUAAAUUGAUAUAUAUUAUCCUAAAGGAUGCAUAGUGUUCAAUAUUUAAAUGAUUCUGCAUUAUAUUAUGGCAGCAACCAGUGGCCUGCUGUGUCCCAAAAGUUACUUAAACUGUGGAAUUACAAAUAUAAAUAUGCAGUAUAUCAGUGUAUGAAUGUAUGUCUUGUUUGAAUCGAUGUCUUUUUAUUGAACCUGCAUAUGAAUGUUUAUGAAGAAGGGCUACACUCUGCUGUCUACUGUAGACUUUUGCUUUUCUAAACUAUUCUUCUUCUCCUUAUUUUUCUGUCCCUGUUUUUUUUUUUUUUAAGUAUUUUGUUAAUUAAACUUGUUAUGCUUGUUAUGCAAAAAACUUUUACACAAUUUGGAUUCACAUUUGUCGAUUUUGAGCUGUUGAUUUUUAACAUUUGUGUGCAUCUUUUUUGUUAAAUUAUGAUGAUGGUAAAUUAAUAGUUUUGUACACUGUACACUUUGCAAAAAUAUGCUUCAAUGCUGUCAUGCUAAGAGUUAGAUGAGAAGAUGGAUACCAUCCUCAUAACAGACUGUAAACAAGGGGAGACAGCUUGCCUGGCUCUGUCCAAACGUAACAAAACCUGCCUACAAGCACUUGAAAAGCUCUGAAUAGCACGUUGUACACAAUUUGUUUAAGCCAUACAAUUUAUGAUUUGUUUCCCCCUGUUUACAGUCUUUGAUAUGCUGCUGUAUUCCUGUUGUAUGCAAACUACAUUUCAUAUUAUGUAUGGUAACUGCAUCGAUAAAUCAUCCAGUGCAUGUCAGUUCACACUAUUUCAAACUGAAAAUACUCAACUGAAAGUAAAAGUCCUGCAUUUAAAAACUUACUGAAAUAAAAUUAUAUAAGUAGCAAAGUGUACUUUAAGUAUGAAAAGUAAAAGUAUUCAUUGUGCAGUAAAAUGUUCCCUGUCAGUGUUUUACUAUGAUAUAUGAUAUUUUUGGAUGAAUAUUACUGCUGCAUGCAUGUGUAUGUUUACGGUUGUGCUCAUUUUAACUCCUUUAUAUUCUGCUUGUUAGAUUAAUCUACAGCGAUGCAUCAUAUUCUAUGUUUGUUGUGUGGCUGCCCUGUGACAACUUUGAAUCUCUAAAAAGCCAACUUUUCAUGGUGUCAGAAAAACAGCCGUUUUCAGCUUUGUGACGGGGCAUUUCAUCUAGCUGAUCUAAGAGGGUUUUAUUAUUUAACAAGAGUUUAUUUAGCUUAAGAAGAACACAUAAAGGAGCACUUCAUCCUGCAGUUUAUUAUAAACUUUCAAAAUCACCAAAUUUGGAGAUACUUGGUUUUCACUGGACAGGAAGCAGUACGAAAAAAAUGUCAUCUGUAAGAUGUCAGACAAAUGUGGAGAAAGGAGUACAAUAUUUUUUAUCUGAGAUGCAGUGAAGAAGAAGUAUAAAGUUGUAAUACUCGAGUUAAUUACAAGAACCUCUUGAAUUUGUACUUAAAUACAGUACUUGAUGAAAUGUUCUUAUAUUCCACAACUAAUAACCAUGAUGGCAAGUUUACUAUGACUGCAUAAAGAGUUACAACCUCUGUCCACUGAGUGUCGCACCUGCACACUUAAUGUUGUGGCCCUCCUCUCAAUGA